GUAUGUUAUAAGCUCUCUCUUUCUUUCCCAGUCAAAUUCCAUAUAUCUGUAUUUACCUCUCUUACAUAACAACUUCGACAUUACAUCUACCUCAAACUCUUAAACAACAAACAUCUCACCAAUUCAAACCCAAAUCUGCAAAAUGUCUGUCACAUCACACGGACCCAGAACAUUUCAUUACUUCAAGGAUCUUCCGGCCGAAAUACAACACAAGAUAUGGAAGAUGAAGAUUGAUGAAGAGAUUGAAAAUCUUACAGAAGGUCGCAUUAUCAAGGUCAAACAGCGGAAGUUAAAGCAGACUAUUGGACAAUGGCAGGAGAUUAAUGAAGAUUCUGAACAAAUUACAGAUCCCUCAUCACGAGCUGUGGAGCUUUUUCGGAACAUCAAUUCUGAUACCAUGAUACCUCCUUUCGAAAAAUCAAUGCUUGCUGAAGGAUAUAACUGGCAUAUGAAAGAGCCGCAUAGAGAUUUGGAUGACAAUUUAAUCGGCAUGUAUUCGCCACAGUCUCUACCCCCUAAUAUUGCUGCAUUGUUGUCAGUAAAUUACGAUUUGAGAAUGCUCAUGGAGAAGAGAUAUUCCUUCGCAUGUGGAAUCGCAAAGCCAAUGGUCUUCUUCAAUUUUGAGCUGGAUACACUCUUUCUCAGUUAUAAAGAUGUCCACAUUGGGUCCAAGAAUCUGAGCUUCGUACGAUCAAUGAUUCGCGCGCUAGAUGACGGAAGGCGAAAAGAUUGGGAAAAAGUUAAAUCCCUAGCCCUCGAACUCCCGACUGGCUCUUUCCAAGGAGUGGGUCCAGACACAAAAAAUGACAUUGGAUUUCAUCCGUUCAUAGAGGUCAUUCUUUGUUACUUUCCUGGUCUGAAGGAGUUGACUGUGGUAUAUUCAGACAGCUCUGAAGUCGACGAACACGACAAUCUGAUAUUUUUCGAGCCAAUCUGUCUUAAAUUCGCACUUCAAGCCCUGCGCUGGGGACUCGUUGAGAACUUACAAGACUUUGGGAGCUACGAUUACACCCAAGGCAUGAACUUUAGAGUUAAACAUUAUAAUGAGCUUGAACCUCUAGUUCAAGGAAUUCCGGAAUAUGCAAGAGGUAUAGAAAAGAAUACAGGAGCCCUUCUUAAAGUUCCAGGGAUUGAAUCCUUGUUCACAAAGCUUAUUAUUGGACCUGUCCAGCAGAAACUGCUGAAUGAUGCACUCCAAGAUUGCAUUGGGGGUGAAUCAUAAAUGAAGUCUAUGGUCGUUGAAGACACAAUGCGGAAGGACAUACUGAGGAUGAAGGUAUGGGCAGAAAUAUAAUUGCCAAAGCUGGAUGAAAUAUAUGCUAGAAUCGAAUAUGAGUCUUGAUACCUAUUCACAAGAAAGGUGUAUUAAGCUAGUGGCAAUCGGGAGAGAAAUGGCAAUAUGCCUGCUUGCUGUGAAAUGAACAACAAAGUGAGAACGGGAACUCAUAGUACGAUAGUAUAAUCAAACUGCUCCACCCAUGAACCAUUUGACUGCUAUGGUGUGAUACUAAUAGCGAAAGUGAACAAUAACAUAUAGAUUAGACUCAGUGUAUCAUAGAAAAAACAGUCCUCAAACUCUUAACAUCAUUUAGCAAAUUACAGAAAAUAAACAAUAACGCUGAAAAUUUUGUAAGAAUGAUUUAUUGCGUGUCCA